GUGCCUCCAACUCACUCUUACCCUUCUCACCCCCAGGGUUCCACUUCCUCUUCCCUCUCCUCUUCACCUUUCAUCCCCUAUCCUUUAUGGCUCCCAGAGGUGAGAAGAGCAUGAGAGAGGAUACACAAGUGAGCGAUCCUUCCAACGUCUGCCAGGAGGCCUGCCGUGGGAGAGCAGUAAGACCGUGUACAGCACCUGUGCGCCUCAAAGCAGACCCACCCAGUGAAAAUAACACCCUUCUCAACAGAGAAAAGUAACCCCUGUUGUAAGGUAGGUCCUUUGGGUGACCCAACGGGUCCCUGCUAAGUGCUAACGCAAAAGAUGGCUGUUGAAACCCACUGAACAGUGGUGCAGGAGAAAACCCUGGAAAUCUGCCGCCACCUGGGCUACAGCCAACACAGCUGUGGGCUGCAGCCCUUCGCUGAGGAAGCAGGUAGUUCUUAGCAUCAACCCUCGCUCUCUCUUCGCAGCGACACUGCCGACUUCUGCAGGGAGGGCUGCCGGACCCACCCGGGACGGCCUUCUCUUGUUCAUUCUGAAAUAAGGGGCAUCAGGUGGGAACCCAAAUCGGCAUUCUAAACUGAGCUUGUCAUUCUACAGGGAGAUGAACGAAUAUGCUUCUCUGCUCUUGUUUUGAUUCCCCAGCGGGAGGUGAGAAAAUAAGAAAUCACCUGGGAUAUAGCUUUUUUUUCUUUUUGAAGGACAAAAAGAUCAGGGAAAGGUUACUCAGGAAGGAACUUGAGACAAGCUCCGCCCCGUCUGCAUACGAGCACUGUGAUUCCUGGAGAGCAUUACACAUAUGACCCGUCCCUGGCCUCCAGCCACAGCAACCAGACUCAGAUCCCCUGGAACCCGGGCUGCAUACCUGGGCUCCCCACAGGGGAUGAUGCAGGGAGGGGAAUCCCACCUGCAGUGAAUCACCCCUGGGAUAAAGGGCGGGCCCGACAAUGCGGGGACCUUAAAAAGAGACUCCGAGAUAAGAGGAGAAAAAGAACAGGAAGCAGCUCGGAACAGACAGUAGUAACCAAGCCAGAGAAGCAGAGAGCAUCGGGCUCAGACGGGGAAGUAGACAGAUUCCACAAGGACUGGUGUCAGGCACCGAGCCAGCCAGAUUCAAGAAGCAGGCACCGAGAUGCUGCCGCAGGGGAGUAUGGCUAUGAUGCUGCUGUGGCUGCUGCCUUGGACCACUGAGGGCCGUGCCGUGCCCGUACCUGGGAGCAGCAGCCCCGCCUGGGCUCAGGGCCAACAGCUCUCCCAGAGGCUCUGCACCCUGGCCUGGAGUGGACAUCCGCCAGUGGGACACGUGGAGCUCCCAAGAGAGGAGGGCGAGGACGAGACGACAGAGGAUGGUCCUCAUAUCCAGUGCAGGGAUGGCUGUGAUCCCCAAGGACUCAGAGACAAUAGUCAGUUCUGCUUGCAAAGGAUCCACCAGGGCCUAGUGUUUUAUGAGAACCUGCUAGGCUCAGACAUUUUCACAGGGGAGCCCUCUCUACGCCCUGAUGGCCCCGUGAGCCAGCUGCAUGCCUCCCUCCUGGUCCUCCGUCAACUUGUGCAGCCCGAGGAUCGCCCCCAGGAGCCUCAGCUGGCACCAAGCCCCAGUCCCAGCUUGCCUUGGCAGCGCAGCCUUCUGCGGCUCAAAAUCCUGCGGAACCUGCAGGCCUUUGUGGCUGUGGUUGCCCGGGUCUUUGCCCACGGAGCAGCCACUCUGAGCCCCUGACACCAACGGCUUCCGGUGACGGCCCGGUCUCCAUGGCUCAACAAGGGCGAGAUCAAAUCUACCGGGCCAGCAAUGGGGUGACUGAUGACAAGACUGAGUAUUUAUUUGAUGGGAAUAUUUGCUCUUCUUUAUGCUCAGGGGAGGAUAAUUAUUUAUUAUAUUUAUACUGAAUGAUGUACUUUUUCAAUAAAGAUUUAUUUAUGUGAA